AUGACCCGCUCAAUAGACUCUGCGAUUCUUGACAACCUACGCGCUUCAGCAUCUCGAGGUCAACAUGCCCAUGUCAUUCAGGAGACCUUCGCCAUUGACAACGAAUUACUUGAACUUCGACUCCAUCUACUCAACAUGCGAGCACGAUCGUACGUUGCUUGUGCCCAAUUUGCCAAAGCCUUGGAGACGGCAAAUACCAUGCAACAGAUGAAUCCAGCAUCAGCACUCGGUUACCUAUGUCAGGGAUACAUUCAUAUGGAACAAGGACGACAUGUUGCAGCAGCUCACGUGUACGACAAAGCACUCGAACAUGUUGACGCAAGUGAUCCAUUAUAUGGCACCAUCACGACAUCCAAAGAUAACGCCAUCCAACAAGGUCAAAAGCGUAGAGAUUUCAUAUGCGACUUGCCAAUGGACAUCAGUGCUCGUAUCAUCCAAGAGCUACUCAUUGUUGAGCGAAACGAUGAGCAAUUCGAUAAGCAACGUGAGUAUGUCACAGUGUCAAGGGCUUGGUGGCAUCGUUUCAUGGCAUCCGAUCAUCUAAGACUUGUUGUGAAGGAUACGCAGCCUUUGGAAGAAACCAGUUCUAUCGUGAUUGAGAUAUUCAGCCAUGCACGUUCGCUUGUAUUUUACGAUGUCGAGGUGCCGUUCAGUCAACUUUUGGAAAAGUAUCGCUUCACAAGCUUGACAUCAUUGACAUUUAAUCGACUUGAAGAUGACAACUUUAUCGAAGCAUUGGAUAUGAUCGGCACACGUUUUACGCAUUUAACAUAUGGAAAACUCCCCAUUCUCAUGGAAGGCGAUAAGACUCUUCGACUACAGCACAUCUUGACAAUGUGUCCCAAUUUGGCGUAUUUGAAAUGCCAAGCAGCAAUCGACAUUUCAGGUCUCCAGGAGACGUAUCCAAUGCUACGAACGCUCGAGCUCCAGGAAGUGAGAGGAACGAUUGGUAAUCAGCAUAUGAUCAUGAUGCAGCAUCACCUGCCCGGUUUGAAGAUAUUGAAUAUGGCCAUCGUAAACAGCUCAAGGACAUUGACGGUGGAUGACACAUGGUUACCAGCUAUUCGGCAUUUGGCAUAUGGUGAUCAUCCAAUUGUUUACAUCCAAAGGACCAAGUAUAAGCAACAUGAAGAGCAAGGGUUGGUGACGUUUUCCAUUGCGCCCUCGAGGCAUUUAUUUGCUCUUGAUGAUAUCGCACCUCUUAUUAUCCAUCAUCAUGCGACAUUGCAAUUACUGGAACUCAAGUGUGAUUUGAACACAAUGCAUGCUAUGAAUAUGGCAGACGCGAUGCACAACAACCUUCAGAUUGAAUUUACAAGGCUGAAAAAGAUAGUGGCGUUUACGAUAUCUCAGAUCACCAACAUGCAACCCUAUUCGAUUUUUCUCACUUGGAUUGUUCAGUGUUGUAUUCAGGCUAUCCAUCAUACCCAAUAA